UGGGGGGGGGGGGUCACUUGUCCUAGUUGGGCCUGCUUGGCUCGCUCGUGCCCGGAGUUGGGGGGCGGUAGGGGAACCCCACAUGCUGAGCACGAUGGUUUAGACCCCUCUGAAGAUGCUGUAUUGUUCUGAGAUCCACAAGCUAGGCCCUGAUUGGAACGCAGGGCUGUUUGAAAAGGUUUGCUGAAAUCCUGAUCAGAAACUGGAGCGCAGGUUCCAGACCUUCACACCAAAAACUGUAAUAAAAAAAAAUCCACAGAUCUCAGGAGAGCCCCCCUACAGCCCAGGCUCUGGAAAUGUCCCUUCUUCCCCGUGUGAUGUCACAGGAAACUGCUGGCUGACACCAGGUCCCGGGCUGUGAUGUCAUCGCCUGCUCUCCUCGGGGAGGGGUGACAUCACUUCCCUCACGGCUGGAGUAGCCAAUGGGCCGCGAGAGCUGGCCAGGCCGUGCUAGACUGGCCUGAGCUUGUGGUCAGUUGGUCAGUCGCGCCAGGAAAGUGGUGGACAGGCAGGGAUUGCAGGCGGGGAGCUGGCUAAGUGAAUGAAAUGGGGGCGCAAGGGAGUGACCCACAAACCCUGCCUGGGACUAGGCUGGGCCUGCGUGGGCCGAGGAGGGGAGGCUGGCAGAGCUGUGACAGAUUCCGCUGGGAUGUCAGGAAUGCGCGGUGAGGCUAGGAUUUCGGGAAUCCUGUCAGCUCUCUUCCUGCCUGAGCGAAACAGGUUUCAGGAACCUCCCCGAAACAGGAUCUCCAGCCGAGGGCUUGAAUCCAGGAAAUGAAUUCAGCGGAAGUCUGUGGCGGUUUGUUGUGGAGGCCUGGAGGGGGAGCAGCCUGUGGUUUGAGGCCUGGGGGAUCAGUUCCCCGGACUGGAUCAGGGCUGUCCAGUGCCGGUUCUGGAGGGCCAGUGAAACUGUUAGUGAGCUGCUCCAGCUCUGCCUGGAUCAGACCAGCUGUGGACAUGACAAGCAGACAUGAACCCAGGACACAAGUGGAAAUGACAUGGAGGAUCAUUCUUUACACGGAGAGUUGUGGGAGUGUGGAGCAGGUCGGGAUUGGCCAGUUGGUUAAUUUCUGGCCUUUUCGGGGGUGGGCUGGGCUGACCUCUGAGGUGAAGCCGCACUCGAGGGGCUCUGCACAGACCGAGUCAUCCUGCAGAGCCCACAGCAAGCCUGCCCCCGGACUGAGCGCUCUGAUCGUGGCUCCUGGGGGGCAGUGUUGGACCCCCCUUCUUGCUUCCCCACCCCUCACCAGUAGUGGGCACUUAGGGGUGAGGGUCUGUCCUUCAGGAUCCACUGCUCCCCAGGUGCUGUGGAUCGCUGACCUGCAGGAAUGUCCCAGGAUGCAGUCGUCUGUUCUGACCUCUCUGUGUUCAGCACCUCGAGGGUCGGGUUGGCCCAGGUCACGGCCUGGCCACACAGCCACUGCCCCGGCGCCUGGCCGCUGCCUGGACAGACUGCUCCUGCAGUGUUCAGUCACGGGCCGUUUCGGCUCAGCUCCCUCUCCACCAGGCUGGGUGGUGCUGCUGGGGGGUGGAGAGGGAAGAGGAGAUGGGGGUUCAGUGUCCUCAGGGGAGAUGUUACCCCCUGGCUUCUUAAAACCACAGCUCCCUCUCCUCUGGUCUCUGUGUCUCGGCUGUGUGUGUACGGUCACUCCUCUGGGCCCGUGGUCACUCCUCUGCUCUGUGUCUUGGCUGUGUGUGUGUGCGGUCACUCCUCUGGGCCCGUGGUCACUCCUCUGCUCUGUGCCUUAGCGAUGCCCCGCUGUGGCAGGAGGCCACAGGCUGUGGACUGGGCUGUUUUCGUCUCUGUGUAGAGGCGGGUCUGAGCCCUUCCGUCCCGGGGGUGUGGAGGGGCAGGGCUCGGCUGGGCCACCCCAGUGUCGGUAUGGGAGGAGCUGGUCUGAGUGUGCUGCGCCGGCGAGUGAGCCAAACCCGAGUUAAUGGCGGGAUUAUCGAACUCCCACACUUCUCCGCGGGUCGGGAGCGUUCCCAGAGUCCCUCCGGCUCAGUCCUGGUUCUGCUCCAGCUGAGUUCAGAAUCGCAGACUAGUCGACUUGGCGCCUCUGUGGUUGGCGUGCCCAUGCAGGGCGCCCGCGCAGGAUGUGUGCGUACACGUUUUCCCUUCAUGGAAGUCCUGGGUCUGCAGCCAGGAUCAGUCCUGUGGUGCUCCAGGCUUCGCCAUUCUGCUGACAUGGGUUCGAGCUGACCCGGAGGGGGUUCAGAUUCCCAGCCAGUGGGGGUUUGGGGGCGCUGGGUUCCUACUGACCUUUGCUUUUUCAA